GCUUAUAAAAAAGAUACCAAUCCCAAAAACAUGAAUUUGGAAAUUGGUGCCUAUAGAGAUGACCAUAUGAGAAAAAAAUUACUUGAUCAACUUGAUAAGGAUAUUUUCAAAUUACCAGCAGCUCUUUUGGCUUACAGAAUAGGAGGAGCUCUUAGAAUUAGAGGAGUGUUUUUAUCUAGAUAUUAUCCAUAUGCUAAAAAAAUCUAUUCACCUAAACCAACAUGGGGCAAUCAUAAUGCUGUAUUUAAAGAUUCCAGUUUAGAAAUAGAUUCAUACAGAUAUUAUGAUAAAUCAACCAAUGGAUUUGAUUUUAAUGGAUUGCUAG